AUGGCUUCCAGCCCGCCGGUGUCUCGGGGCAGACCUCGAGGAGACGCCGCCGCUGCUCGUGCUAGGCUGAUGAGGAAACGCGAGAUCGAUCGUCUUGCCCAACGCGCCAAUCGAGAGCGCAACAAGCAGCGCAUGCAGAUGCUGGAAGAAGAAGUGUCGCGGCUGAAGUCGCAGGACCAGAAUGCCGCGCAUGCCGGUCUUAUCGAGACUAUUCGACAGCAGCAGAACCGUUUGGACGAACUGCAGGGCGCUCUCACAAAGGUAUUAUCUAUCAGUAGUACUGUGUGUCAAUCCACUUCGCUACCGCGCGAAGAGGAGAGAGGCUCCAGCGGCAGUGACACAACUUGUCGUGACGGUCAGCAGUGUUCCCAAUCCUCAUCCACGACAUCGUCCAGUCUGUGCGGCAAAGAGAGGAUCUUGGAGUUCCCUGAAGAGCAUCAACAACUUUCAUUCCCCGUUGAGACAAAUGGGCUACAAAGCCUUGGUCCAUUGCUAUCCCCCAACAUAAUGCAGAUCAUGGUGGACAAAUUUUCCCAAGCUGCGUGCGACCCCUACCUAGGCCUGCCUUUCCUACCCCUUGCUGCAGAUGAAGAAAAAUGGGAUGUCUCCAACGAUGCAUUCCACAAUGCUCUAGCGUCAGCGCCCUCUUUUGUCUGCCCCGAUGCUGUGGACCCCGAUGUUCCACUACAAGCGAUUUUCUGUGGCUGGCAUAUGGUUGACUCACGCGAACGGGAGAACCCAAUCUGGAAAAUGCUACGACUGAUUGAUGAGAGAGUGUUUGGGCUGUGGACUUCAAAGGCUCAGAAGGCCGCCCUUAUGUUUGUCACUCACACAUUGAUAAAGUAUCACAUGAACCCAACCCCAGAAAAUCUAAAGGCACUGCCUACUUGGUUACGCCCAAGACCCUCCCAGGUCAAUGUUACCCAUCCAUUAGUGAUUGAUCUUCUUCUCUGGCCUGGUCUUCGUGACCGCCUUGUAUUUGAAUACACUAACUACACAAAAACAGGAGAAUUCUCCUCGUUCUACUGCAACCAUUUGUGUUUUGACUGGCCGUUUCCCGAUAAUGAAAUAUAUGCUUUUGACUCUCGAGAAAAUCGCUUCCGACUAUCAUCCAAGUUUAUGGAAUAUGCACUUGAUCUGAGUCGCUGGAGCAUGGAUCGUGCUUUUUUGGCGCGUUAUCCGGAGAUGAAACACGAUAUACCAGCAUAUGAAGAUCGAUUAGGCUUGCCAGAUCGUAUUUAG